CUAGAGAGACACUAGAGAGACACACUAGAGAGACACACUAGAGAGAGACAAACACUAGAGAGAGACACUAGAAAGAGACAAACACUAGAGACACACUAGAGAGAGACAAACACAGCGACUCCAACACAGUCGAGAGACAGCGACUCCCAACACGAGACACAAACACUAGAAAGACAGAAAUAACCACGGCGACACAUACGAGAGAGACCGCGACGGCGAUAAUCACAGCGACAAAGUAGAGACGGCGUCGUGACACGGCGAGACUGGGAACGGCGACAGACGACAGCCGCGCAACUUAACUCCAGCCGCAUGCAUUCCCACAACCGCGACGUUACAAUUCGCGCUCUCACAAGCCGCCACCACCGCACGUAGACAACGACAAUUCGCUCUCGGUGGGGAUCUCUGACGGCAAGCCACCGCAGUCCGUGGGAGAAGCCAAAACUCCGACUGAGCCCGGUGCGCGUCGCUGUUUGCACGGCGACGAGGAAGGAGGUGGCUGGCGAGGUGGGGGAGUGGGAGGAGAGUAGCGAACAGCAGCAGCAGCACAGCAGCAGCACACACACACACACAGAGAGAGAAGCAGAAAGCGACAGCAGCGGAGGCGGUGGUUGGUGUGGGCUCAGCCGAGGGAGGCAGACGAGAAGAUACUUCAGCGGCCAAGUCGGAGUGACGGCGGAGAGAAGCGGCAGGGAACGAAGCGGCAGGGACAGAAGCAGGCGCCGCGCAGCGUUGACUGUGAGCGAGGCGGAGCGAGCGAGAGAGAGAGAGAGGCAGCAGCCGACGGCAGUAAGGGCGCCAGCCAAGUAAAACGGUGGCAGUAGCGGCGUCACGAGCAUCGCAUUCAGCUGCAGCGACGGUGGCAGACGAAGCGGCGGCACCAGCAGCAGCAGCGGCGGCGGCGGCGGUAGUCACGGCACCAGCGGCAGAGAUGGCAGCGAACAACAGCACCGCGGUGAGCGUGCCCAUCAGCAUUGGCGCCAGCAAAACCAAGACGAAGAAGAAGCACUUCGUGGCCCAGAAGGUGAAGCUGUUCAGGGCCAGCGAGCCGCUCUUCAGCGUCCUCAUGUGGGGCAUCGACCACUCGAUCAAUGAGCUGACCCAUGUGCCCAUCCCCGUCAUGCUGCUGCCAGACGACUUCAAGGCUUUCACGAAGAUCAAAGUGGACAAUCACCUAUACAACAACCCUAAGUCCGGGGUUGGAAAUUGCACGUACCUAAGAGAGAACAUGCCGAGCCAUUUCAAGUUCAAGGAGUACUGCCCGCUGGUGUUCCGCAACCUCCGUGAGAGGUUCGAUAUCGACGACCAAGAUUUCCAGCGUUCUCUGACAAAGUUGCCGCCUCAAGAGCUGGACAAAGCCAUCUUGAGUGCCACCGCCUGCAGUCAGAAUUCGGUGAUUCGGAGCGCGCCCGUGUGCAUUGACGCGCAAGGCCGGAGCAGCGCCCGCUUCCUCACCACCUACGAUCGCAAGUUCGUCAUCAAGACGAUCGUGAGCGAGGACGUGGCCGAGAUGCACAACAUUCUCAAGAAAUACCACCAGUUCAUCGUGGAGUGCCACGGGAACACGCUGCUCCCACAGUUCCUGGGCAUGUACCGGCUCACGGUGGACGGCGUGGAGACCUACAUGGUGGUGACGCGCAACGUCUUCAGCCAACGCCUCAUCGUGCAUCGCAAGUACGACCUCAAGGGCUCCACGGUCGCAAGGGAAGCGAGUGAGAAAGAGAAGGCGAAGGAGCUGCCCACGUUCAAAGACAACGACUUCAUCAACGAGAAGCAGAGGAUCGUGAUCGGAGAGGAGAACAAGAAACUCUUCCUCGAAAAGCUGAAGAGGGACGUGGAGUUCCUAGCGCAGCUGAAGAUCAUGGACUACAGCCUGCUGGUGGGCAUCCACGAUGUGGAGCGCGCCGAUCAGGACGACGACGACGUGGAGGAGGGGGAGGAGGGCGGGGAGGGCGGGGAGGAGGGUGAGGCCGGCGCGGAGUGGGCGGGGGGCGACGACGAGACCGGCUCGGACGCCAACGGCUCGGGCGGCCCCGUGGGGGCGGUGGGCUCCUACGGCACGACGCCGCCCGACUGCUCGGGCUUCUCCGUGGCCGCCUACAAGCCGAUGGGGCCCGGCGAGUUCGACCCCAACACGGACGUGUACGCGCUCAAGGCCCACGAGAGUGCCCCGCGGAAAGAAGUUUACUUCAUGGCGAUCAUCGACAUACUCACCCACUACGACGCCAAGAAGAAGGCCGCACACGCAGCCAAAACUGUGAAACACGGGGCUGGAGCGGAAAUCUCGACGGUGAACCCCGAGCAGUAUUCCAAGCGAUUCCUGGACUUCAUGGCAAGCAUUCUAGAAUAGCUUCAGUCCUGCCUCCUGGCCUUCGCUUAAAGGCUGCAACGUGAAUAGUGUAUUAUUGAUAUUAUUAAUAUGAUUAUCAUUAUUAUUGUCAACAAGUUGAUGAGUAAAGUGGGACAAUGUUGUUACAUAAAAAAAAGAGAAAAAAAAACAUUUUUUAAAAAAAUGUUUGUUGUUCCAGUGAGUUUUACGCAGCAGAACUUGUGACAGAGUCGUGGAGAGGCGGAGAUGAUGUGGGGGAGUGAAGGAG